UUUACAAACCCAGAGAAAACUUACAAUUGAACUACAGUAUGACUAUCAGCAUUAAUCACAUAGGGGAUAGGAAUGCAGACUUGACAACAUCAGUAACAUCUGAAAAAGAAAGUUAAAUUAUAAUUCAUACGUUCGUGCAACUAAAGUAUGUAAACAAAAACUAGACAGCUAGUCAAAAGUAAAUUCAUGCUGAAGUAUGAAGUAAUGGGAUGACUACUUCUUACAUUACAAUAAGAUGUCCAGGAGGUCUCGUGACUGAAUAUCGAGCAUCGUAAUAUCUCUACACUAGUGGAUUUGAAUGAUGAAAUGAAAUCAUCAUUGUAGUCACAGUGAGAUCAAAAACGAAUCCUUCAUUUUCCAUUUCUAGAAUUACACCUGUUUUGCCUAAAGCCAAGAUGACAUUGUCUGAAGAAUAAGAAGUAAAUGUUGUGCUUAGAUAUGUCAUCUUUCUUUUAUGGAACUCAGCAGUUUUACGUAUACGUUCAAUUUCUUCAGGUAUAUGUUUAGCACCCAUACUUCUUAAAAUACACUGGCUCAACAUAAUGCUGAAAUAUGUAUGCCCAAACGUAGUUUAAAAUCAAUAGUUUGAAGAGAUUUGGGCAUUGGGUGUGUGUUAUGCAUCAUUUUAAAAGUCUGUGUAUUUCCCAAUGGAUGAAAACAGAAUGAUAUUGCUUCUACUGGCAUUUCGCUACUUAGUGCUAAUAGCUUUUUCAAAGUGAAAUUAAAUCAGAAUUUACGAAAUCUCAGCUUAUUUACAGUAACUUAAUCCUAGUUUUUCAUUAUGAGUUUAUAUUUACUUUGUCAUUUGGGUGAAUUGAUGAAGAUUAUUCAUGUUCAGAUCGUUGGAUUUGCUAUUCUCAAAGUAUUUCAUGGAUCCCUAAAAAGAAACUAUAUUGCAUUUUCGCUGUCUCAUAUCUAUUGAAUAAUGCCUGUUCUGUUUUGCCCACUUUGCCACUCUUUAUUAAUGAUUGAAGAAUCAGCACAUUGUUAUUCACUAAAUUGUUCUGCUCCUACUUGUUCUUACCGAUGGUUUGUUACUCAACCCCUGGUUUUAGAACAUAAACCGAGACAAGACCUCCGUCUACGCCUAGAAGAAGAUGCCGUUUUCUCUGUUGACGAUGAAUACAGCUCCUCUGCUCAAAUAGAUGAGAAAUGUCCUAAAUGUAAUCAUACACGAGCGUAUUUUGUCCAAAUGCAAACUCGUUCAGCUGAUGAACCCAGCACAAUCAAAUACUCUUGUAUGAAGUGUCAUCACAUAUGGACUGAACAGUGA